AUGGAGACGACCUUUGAGGACGCACUAGAUAUGGUGUGCAUGGAUGAUGUCCUACCGCCAGCCUCUUCACCUGAACCUGAUUCUCCACAACAGAAGAAGAAGAAGGCCAGACGGCGUGGACCGCGGCUGACAGGCGUGAGCAAGCAGAGACGUCUUGCAAAUGCUCGAGAAAGAAACCGUGUACAUAUCUUGAACAUGAACAUCCAAGUCCUCAGGGAAUUGAUUCCACUACCACCACAAGAAAAAGAACCAACCAAGACAGAAAUUAUUUGGAUGGCUGCAAAAUAUAUUGCACUUCUUGGAGAUAUGUUGGAUCAGGAACCGUUCGAUUUUGAAGAAUGCAGUGUUCUUAGUGAUCUGUUUUUGGAUGCGUUUUGCUAG